AUGAACCAACUAAGAAAGAGGGCUCAUAUACCUAAAGUACAGGCCGCCAUAGUUGACCAUGUAGACAAAGUUGAGGCAAAUUUGAACACCGACGAUGUAGACAAAAAAGAGGCGGCUGUGUCAUCAGUUAAAACUAAGGCAACCAUUAAAAAUGACAAGAGUGUGCCGAAAACUUCAGUAAAGGCCGCUACAUUUGCUGAGCCUGGCCCCGCGAACACCCUUAUCGAUAGCAGCAAAGUUCAUGCUGGCGGAGCAUCGACUCUUGUUAGUUCGAGCUUGGGGCCCCCUGCAGCGAAGGUGGCCAAAAAUGUACAUCACGAUUCCCGACAGGAUGGUGCUCAUGGUCUAGUUGUUCAGGGGUCUCGAGAAGCAACUUCGGACAGUUCCGACGACCAAGCAGUCACACCACUCAGCCAGAGGUCCAGGCCCACUGCAACAAAUGUGGCGGAAACUGUAUCUAAGGGUUCACGACACCGACAGGAUCGUGACUACUGUCUUCUUGUACAGGGAUUAUGA